AUGCGACUUCGUGGUGUGUUUCGUGCAGCCAAGCUGCCCAACGGACAACGCGUCAUUAGCACAAAGUGGAUGUUCAAGAUCAAGCGCAAGGCGGAUGGGUCAAUCGAUAAGUACAAGGCACGACUUGUGGUCAAGGGUUUCCACCAAAAGUAUGGCAUCGACUACACGAAUACAUUUUCGCCCGUGGUCAAGUAUGUGACGGUGCGAAUGGUGAUCGCAAUUUCCAAGCACUUUGGAUGGUCCAUCGACCAGCUUGAUGUGUGCGUUCGACUGCCUGGAAAUGGCGAAGUCAAUUUACGGCCUCAAGCAAGCGUCGUGAGUGUGGAAUGA